GUUUAUUUUGCCAGCCGCACCCUCUGUCAAAAACAAAAAGAAUUUAUAUUGGAUUAAAAUCAUAAAAUGGUGACCGAAGUUCGGAUUGUUAAAUAACCAUGUCUAUUGCGACUCGUUCUAAUUCUGCUGUGUACAAACGAGCUGAGCAACUAAAGAGAUGGGAAGAAUCGGACACAAAUCGAGAGCCAGUGUCUCCGAAAACGAAAUCGCGUAGAAUAAAGUUCUCUUCAGGUUGUGUAUUUCUUGCAGCAUGUGCCGCUGGUGAUAAAGAUGAAGUUCUCAAAUUAUUGGAAAAGGGGGCUGACAUUAAUACGGCUAAUGUUGAUGGAUUAACGGCGUUGCACCAGGCAUGUAUAGAUGACAAUUUGGAUAUGGUAGAGUUUCUAGUAGAACAUGGUGCCGAUGUAAACAGAGGUGACAACGAGGGUUGGACACCCCUCCAUGCCACCUCUAGUUGCGGGUUCCUCUAUAUCGCCAAAUAUCUUAUUGAGAAGGGUGCUAAUGUUGCAGCAGUCAACAAUGAUGGGGAAUUGGCUAUUGAUAUUGCUGAAAGUCAAAAAAUGGAGGAUUUCCUAAAGGAAGAAAUUAACAAGAGAGGUAUCAACUGUGAACAGGCUAGAAGUGAAGAAGAAAGAAUAAUGCUUGAAGAUGCCAAAGAAUGGUUAGCAACUAAAAGUUCCUUAGUAAAUCAGUCACAUCCAAAAGAUGGAGCCACACCUUUACAUGUAGCUUCUGCUAAAGGUUAUACAGAUGUAAUAAAAGUCUUGCUUCAAUGUGGAGCAGAUUUGGAUGCCCAAGAUGUAGAUGGUUGGACACCAUUGCAUGCGGCUGUUCACUGGGGACAAAAAGAAGUGUGUCAACUAUUAGCAGAGAAUUUAGCAGACAUGGAUACCAAGAACUAUGUGGGCCAAACUCCAUUCGAUUUGGCAGACACUGAUGUAUUCAGGUACUUUUUGGAAGAUCUGAAAAAGAAACAGAACAAAGAAGACAUAAUGAUGAGGCGACAAGCAAAGAAAAGGUUCGACCUGCAGGACAGAAUAAUUGAGACUGAAACACCCACCAAGGUUAAGAAGGUGGAAGUAGAGAUUACGGAGCCCAUUGAGAAAGUGAAUGAUAAUAUUGAAAUGGAAAUAUCAGAUGAUAGUGAUAGUGAAACAGAGACAGAAACUGAAAGCAGUUCUACGGAAUCAAACAGUUCCUGCUCAGAUGAUGAGAAAAAAAAUAAAAUGAACUCAUUGUUGAUAGACGCUGAAAGGAACAUUGCGACAACGAAUAAAGAACAGGUAAAGAUUCAUGCGCCGAAUCCGCCCAACACGUUGGAUCUCAACCUCGAAAAUACAUCUUGGAGGAAACAAUUCAACAAAGACAUCAAGACGGAAAGUCCUAGUCCAGUGAAAAGUCCAGUGAGCAAAACUUUAUCGGAUGCUGACUAUGAAAACGAAGUUACUUUAAGAAGAGCCCACAGCUUCCAGACUGAUAAAGAGUUUUACACGAAAUAUAUGGCGCUGCAUGCUCGCAUUGAAGCAAAUAAAAAAAAGGCUUCACUUAUUCCUUACACCGCAAGACCUCAAUCAAACAUAAUAAUGCCUACUCACUUAAAAUCUCUGCAGUUCAACAGGUCUAAAACAGAAGAUACCAAACCUGGUGCUAUUACCACCUCGAUAAACACAAGUACCACAACUUCUCCUUCAAAAACAUCACCAACACCACCUGUACCAAACAAUCAGCCUGUCAGAAGCGAUUUGAAAUUAUCUACUGGCUCGAAGGAAUCUCUCAACGUAAGCAAUCCUGCACCUACCACUCCGACAUCCCCAGGAGGAACCAGAUUUCAAGCUUUUAAAAAUUUCUUCAAAUCUUUCGUUCCGCCCGUUCGUGACGAAGAAAGCGAAACGCAGAGGAAGGCACACGCUAAACGUGUGCGGGAAACCAGACGCUCAACACAGGGCGUCACUUUGGAAGAAAUCAAAUCGGCCGAGCAGUUCGUGAAGAAUAAGAAUCAGUCGAUAACGCAGGAGCCAGGAAACUCGGGCGCUAACGGCGAUUCAUUAUCAUCAUCGCAAUCAUCUCCUAAUGGGGUGAGCGUAACCGCUACAAUAACGACAGCAACGCCAACCGUUAUUGCCCCCAAGGAGUGUAGUUCAGAUGACCCGGUACCGAUUAUUCAAGAACGAAGGCCGUCUUGGAGGUUGAGGGUCGAUAACGGUAGCAGUAAGUUUAAACUUGAAGAUGCUUCGAAACCACCAGAAGCACCUAGCACUCCGUCCUUUAUGCGCAGAACUAUCAAUCCAAACACGAAUCCUAGGCCUUCUUCAGCGCCACCUAUCGAUUCUGCGGAAACUACCAUCACACUAUCGUUGAGGAAGCCUAAAGUACAAGAAGAAAAAGAACAAGAUAAAGAAAAUGAAUUGAGAAACGCUCAACAAGCAACAUUAGCAACACAGGCAGCUAUACAGAGAAGAAGGAGGCCAAAGAGAAGAUCAACAGGAGUAGUGCAGUUUGAUGUUGAAGACUUGGAUCAAGACAAAGAACCUACAGCUGGAGGCGAUUUUGAAUCGAAUCCUGCAGUAAACCACGAGAGUGGUACAGAAAGGUCAAGUCGAUCGCGCCUAGGAAGCACGUCAGAUAUAAGAAAUGAAAACGGUGAGAUUGACUACAAAAAACUGUACGAACAAGCCAUCGUAGAAAACGAUAGAUUGAAGGAGAAACUGAGGAAGUCUGAGGAAGAACUCCGAGAAACAAAACAGACCUUAGAAAAAUUGAAUUUAGUGACUAGUAAAAACUCCUUAUCGGAGUUAGAAAAAAGGGAGAAGAGAUCGAUGGAAAGGAAAUUAAGUGAAAUGGAGGAAGAAUUAAAGCAAUUACAAAAAUUGAAAUCGGAAAACGAGCGGCUGAAGGCCGACAACAAGUCGUUAACACGGGUCAUCAAUAAACUCACAGAGUCUGCAAGAAAAUAGCAUUUGGAUGUCUUGAAAACCGAAAACCAGAGGUUAAAAGACGAGAAUGGAGCGUUAAUAAGGGUUAUAAGUAAGUUGUCUAAAUAACACAGACUACAUACUAUUUAGUUUCUAUUUUUCCAAUUUCUAUUUAUAUGCCAAGACUUUUCUGUUACACGUUUUCUUCCUUGUUAUAGUAAUUUAGUGUUAUUGUUUUAUUCCUUAAUUUAUUGAUAUUUUUAUUAUUUAAUCAUAUGCAUUUGUCCAAAAAAAUAUAAAAAUGACCAUAUCGAACAGCAAGUGAAUUCAAUGCACUGAUGAACAUACGUCCAAACAAAAUUAAUUUUUGUUCUGUUGGGUUUGAAUUCACCUGUGAACACCUUCUUUCUAUACCUUUGUAUGUUUUUGUUUCUUCUGAGGCAACCUCUUAGAGGUACGGUUUGUUAUUUCUGUGUGUUAAGCUGACAGUAGUUUUUGAUUUUCAUGAUUUGCUUUUUGUGGAUUUCGAACUGAUUGAGAAAUAUUUUGGUGCUCCGUUGAAUUUUCAAGGUCAUUUUCAUAUUGCCAUGUGUUUCCUUGAGAAAACAAAAAAUAAUAAUGAAUUAUUUUUUCCUUUUUCAUCCAAUUGGAAUUUGAAAUGCCCAUAUAUUAAAUAAACAGCGGAUACUUCAUGUAUCGAUAAAACGCAUGAAAAUUUGUAGGUAUUGUAUAUUGAAUAAAACUUUAAUAUAUUUUAGAAACGAUUUAACUGUUAAGUAUUCAUUUCAUUGUUGUGAUUACGAAAAUUUUUCAAUAUUGUUGUGAAAAUUGUACAUUGUUUUAGUUUUAAGUACCGCUUCAUGUCCGAUUUUAAUUAAUUGUAUUAACAAAAUAUGACAAUUUUAUUCAGUCACAAGAUCCACUGAAUCAAUGACAAUAUUGGAUAAGUAUUGUUUUGAUUUAAUUAAAUCGAAAAACGAAAACUCGACUUAUUUCAUUACCCCUUUUCAGAAACUGACAUCAUAUUCGUUAUUUAUUCAGUGGUGAGAUCGACAUAAUCGGAAAUCUAGUCUUGUCGCGACAAAAAUAAUCAAAAACAAUAAGAGAACUUUUCAUUUCACUUCAUUAGCGAAAAGGUGCUAUUAUGAAAAUAAUGUAAUUUGUUUUAUGACGAAUGAUAAUAACUUUCAGUUUGUGUUUACACCUUUUCUUUGUUAUGAUUGACAGAGAGGAGUUAAAUUCAAUCAGCGCUUUUUUCUCUUGUUCAUAUAUAAAUGAUUUUCAAACUAAUUGUUGGAAAAUCCUUGAAGAUAUCCUCGCAUUAUUUAAUGCUCAUUUAUUUAUUUCAGUUUUCAUUUCCACAUAUAAAUUUGCAUUUUAGCAUAAUUCCAUCGAACUUGUGCCUUGCUUUUAAUGUAUUCACGAAAAAUAUUAUAGUUAUUUAAUUUAUUUUCUGUACCAUUUAGAUCCUGUUAGUUACUGUGAAUAGUGAUUUUAUAUUCUAGUAAAUUCUUCGAUAGAA